AAGGUUCCGAGUCUCUCCAACAGGUAACCCACUCUGAACACCUCUGAGAGAAGAACCAACAAGAAGCCAAGGAUGAAGGGUCUGCUGCUGACACUUGUACUCAGUCUGGUUUAUGCUGACCAGGCUCCAGUGGAUCUCUCACAGCUUUCAGGAGAAUGGAGGACCCUUUAUGUUGUCGCCAGUAACCCAGAAAAGACAAGUGAGAAUGGUCCAUUCUGGCUUUUUAAGCGUGCAAUUAAUUUUGACACAGCAAAUGACAAUGCUGUUUUCAAAUUUUAUGUCACGGAAAAUGGGCAAUGUGUGCCAAAGACUGCAACUGGGACACAGAUCCAUGGCAAUGUUUUUGCUAUUGAGUAUGAAGUUGCAGAUCUUUUUAAACCUAUUUAUGCAUCAGAAACAUCAAUGGUGGCGUAUAACGUCAACCUGGAUGAAAAUAAUAAGGUCACCAAGGUACUUGAGUUCUUAGGAAGAGGACCCCAGGUGAAUGAGGAAGACUUCGAGAAGUUCAAGGAGCUGACUCAGGAAAUGAAUAUUCCAGAAGAGAAUAUCGUGAAUGUAAUCAAUUCUGACAACUGUCCUCAAAAUUAAUGAAAACAGAGUCUUCAAUUCUCACAGGCAACUAUGUCCUGAGAAUCAAGGCACAUCUUCUCCAUGAAACCCAGUCAACAGUAGGAAGAAUUCUCCCCUUGUUCCUCUCUAACAUCAUGUGUCUCUCUCCACGUGCUCGCUCUCUAUCCUCCCUGACAGUCACCUUUCAGAGCCUGUGUGGCAUUACUGCAUUUCUGAGUAUUCAGUAAACUGAUUUCAUGGCAAA